CGCGCCUCUCACUCUCUGCCCGGCUAGUUCUGCUGCGGCUGCGGCCUGCUCGCGACAUGCAGUGAGAAGAGUUGGAUCAGUGUGACUUACCUCCGCACUGCUGCAGCCUCGUCGGCCCCCGGCUUCGUCCACCCCCGCUGCCCCCAGCAGCAAACCCUCAGCAGGAGCAUCGUGAGCAGGGCAUGAACUGCUGUUGAGGAUGACGGAAACUCGCGAGACUCCUCUGAACAUGGACAAAAGCAACUCGAUGGCCCUGGAGAUGAGCAGCCCCGGCGGCGGCGCGUGUGCCAAGGCCAAGAAAGACGACGACAUGCCUGAGCGCGGCUCGUGGGGCAGCAAGCUGGACUUCAUCCUGUCCGUGGUCGGACUGGCCAUCGGCCUCGGCAACGUGUGGCGCUUCCCCUACCUGUGCUACAAGAACGGCGGCGGCGCCUUCCUCAUCCCCUACUUCAUCACCCUCAUCCUCGCCGGCAUCCCCAUGUUCUUCAUGGAGCUCGCCCUCGGACAGAUGCUCACCAUCGGCGGGCUCGGCGUCUUCAAGAUCGCCCCUCUUUUCAAGGGCAUUGGCUAUGCGGCAGCUGUAAUGUCCUGCUGGAUGAACGUUUACUACAUCGUCAUCCUGGCGUGGGCUAUUUUCUACUUCUUCAUGUCCUUCCGUGCUGAUUUGCCGUGGAGGACGUGCUUCAAUUAUUGGAACACUGCCAAGUGCGUGAACCCGUACGAGCGUGACCAACUGACCUGCUGGGACCAAUUUAACGGCACGUUCACUGACAAAAUUUGCAAGGUCGGCGCCCUCAACAUAUCCAUUCAUGAAAUGUCGGACCCCGUCAAGGAGUUCUGGGAGCGACGAGCUCUUCAAAUUUCCGAAGGCAUUGAGCACGUGGGAACCAUCAGGUGGGAAUUGGCCGGAACUCUGCUGCUUGUUUGGAUCAUGUGCUACUUCUGUAUCUGGAAGGGCGUCAAAUGGACUGGAAAGGUGGUUUACUUCACUGCCCUUUUCCCAUACUUCCUGCUGACGAUUCUUCUGAUCCGCGGCAUCACACUUCCGGGCGCCACCGAGGGCAUCAAAUUCUACAUAAUGCCCAACCUGUCCAAGCUGCGCGAGGCCCAGGUGUGGAUCGACGCGGUCACCCAAAUUUUCUUCUCCUACGGUCUCGGUCUCGGCACUCUGGUCGCCCUCGGCAGCUACAACAAAUUCACCAACAACGUUUACAACGACGCUUUGAUAGUGUGUUGUGUCAACUCAGGGACCAGCAUGUUUUCGGGCUUCGUCAUCUUCUCGGUCGUCGGUUUCAUGGCGCACGAACAGCAGAAACCGGUUGGGGAAGUUGCUGCUUCAGGCCCUGGUUUAGCCUUUUUGGCGUAUCCAUCGGCCGUUCUGCAACUUCCUGGAUCUCCACUUUGGGCAGCGUUAUUCUUCAUUAUGAUACUAUUCAUCGGCUUAGACAGCCAGUUCUGUACAAUGGAGGGCUUCAUCACGGCCAUGGUGGACGAGUACCCAAAACUGCUUCGACGCCGUAAGGAGCUUUUCAUCGCCAUCGUCUGCAUUUUGUCCUACUUGGUCGGCCUCACCUGCAUCACAAAUGGCGGCAUGUACGUGUUCCAACUGCUGGAUUCGUACGCGGUCAGUGGCUUCUGUUUGCUCUUCCUCAUCUUCUUCGAGUGCAUUUCGAUCUCGUGGGCGUUCGGCGUCAACCGCUUCUACGACGGCAUCAAGGACAUGAUUGGCUACUACCCCUUCUUCUUCUGGAAGUUCUGCUGGGUCUUCACCACCCCUCUCAUUUGCUUUGGUGUGUUCAUCUUCAACAUCGUCCAGUGGACCCCAGUGACGUACCUGGACUACGAGUACCCGUGGUGGAGCCACGCGUUCGGCUGGUUUACGGCGCUGUCCUCGAUGCUGUGCAUCCCUGGCUAUAUGAUCUGGCUCUGGUGCACCACCCCGGGUGAUUUCCAGGCUAAAUUCAAAGCGUUGGUGCGAAUAGACGAAAGCGUGGAGCAGCUGCGAGCAAAGAUGCACGCGGGCAACCCUGAAAUCGCCGCCCUGUAAGUCGGCCGGCCGUAUAACAAGUCGCUCUCCGAACGCAAAUUAAUUAACGUGAGAACAAUUAAAUGAGAGAGAAAGAGAGCAGCGCGCGUGAGGGUUGGAUCGAAUGAAAGAGGACGCGCGCACCACCGUAAAAAUGUAACGUUAAAAAAAAAACUCGGAUCGAUUGUCUUCCAUUACUGCCAAAUCUUGUAUUAAAUACACACACACUGCAUUAUAUUUACACACACUUCUAUAGAAAAGAGAACAAAUUCAAUCAAUGGGAGAGGAACCAAUUUUAAGAAGGAAUUUGGACGCAAUUUACUAAAAAAAAAAAUAGAUUUAUACACCUGUCUAACGCACACACAUGUCAUCUCAAUUCUCUCUAUAUUGCGAGCUGAAACAAACAAGCAUAUUGUUGAAUGUCUUCCAUUUUUUAUCUCAGUGCAUCGGAAACCGUGCUAUACUUUUUUAUUUUUUGAGUGUAAUUUGCAAGUCACUUAAACUUUUAAAGGAUAUUCUCGUUCGUGACGUAGCUCACGAAUAUACUUACGGUUAAAAUUAAACACACACAAUAUAUAAUUAUAUACCGCAUAUAUUCCAGUAUAUCGAUUGGGCAAAAUGUAUAUUUAAUUGUUAAGCGCAUAGAGCACAAAGCAUUUGAGGUUACGGGACGAAUAAUUAUAAUUAAGUAUAAUUAAAUAGAUCAAGUUCUUAUUGAUUUUAGGGAACUACUUUUUUUAAGAUUUAUUAGUUAAUUUAAUUCCAGACACGGCCGUUGGGAGUGAUGGCUCAUUAACUGCUAAUUUUGUUAGUUGUAAUUUUUUUUAAAUCGAAUUUCCUUUUUUCCUUUUCCUUCUUUUGUAACUUAAAAUCGUUAAUAAUAGCCAUGAUAUUAAAUAACUAUAAAAAAAACAUGACAAACGGAGCUAAUCAAUCAAUAUCGAUCGUGGAAUUAAGUGUUAAAUCGCGUAAGUAACCGCAAAUUAUGAAAUGUACCAAGAGUUAUAGAGGAGUAUAUUGAGUGUUCCAAAUAUAAUUAUUAUCAAGCGUAUAGAAAAUGACACGUGUUGUAGUUAACCAUAAAAAGGUUUCAUGAAAAAACUCAAAGACGUUGAUGAAUUUUUUUGUAUGUUUUAUGUUAAUAACAGAAAUGCACUAGUCUACAGUACAAUCGUUUCAACUUUUUGUCAACUUCAAACGAAAAAGUGAACGUCAUUUUUUCAAUUACUUCUCUUCGUUUCGAGUGAUUUUUCUUAUUCUAAUUCUGAAUUUAAUUAAUCUUAAUUCAUGUAUAUCACAUCAGAGGACAUUUUUUGUUUUGUUUAGUUUUCGCCUCUCUUACGCAUCGACAAACUUUGUACCCACAACUAGCAAAUAAAACUACUGUUUCUCUGGAUCGAAA